AUGUCAUUCGAUUUUUCUAUUGAUGAUAUUGAAAGCAGCCAAUAUAGCAAUUUUUUAUCGCAGUCAUUAUUUCCAAGCCAAAUUAAGACUCAUUUUUUUACAAGUUUUGCUAAGCUUUUUAAGAUCAAGUAUCAUAAAAAAGCAAAUUGAAAGAUGCAGAUGAUUACUGAAAUAUGUAUAAAUACAAUUAUAACUUUGCAACUAAUAAGCCUAACAUGAUAUCCAAAUUUGAAUAUUGAAGAAUGGGAUACUUAUAAAGUAUUUUGACUUCGACUAGGAAUCGUAAGCUAUGAUGAGAUUUGUGCUUCUUGGAAUAUUAUGGGCUUUUGCUUUUAUGGAACCAUAACUUUAAUAUCAAUUUUUUUAGGCUCUUUUUGGGGCUUAGGAAUUUUUUUAAAACAUGAUCCACCUUGGUUAUUGGCUCUUUUUUUUCAGUGUAUUGCAUUUUUGCUAAGUACAGUUUGCCUUAUCCCAAGCACUAUGAUUCUCCUUGCAGUUCUUAAAUAUUCUCUAUCUCCUUCAAAUAAUGAGGAAUACACUUCUGGAGAUACAAUGAAUUUCGGAAUUCAUGGAGUAAUUUGUGCAAUUGUUUACAUUUCUUUACUGGUACUAAUAAGUAGCUAUUCUGAGCUAUUUUCUAGUGAUUUAAAGCACUCUCAUAGUAAAAAAAAUCUUAAAGCCAGAUCUUCAGCUGGCUUUGAUUUGCAAAGGAGGUGAUUUUAUAUGUUUAUGUGCAUUACAUAUAUAAGCUUUGGUGACUCAUAUGUAUUUUUUCAUCAAAUUAUUUUGGCUGCAGGGUCUUUUUAUAUGUUUAUUAAAAGUAUCAUUGCUUUGCAAUAUUUUAAUCCUAUUGAAAACUCGAUUUUUGCUAGUGAAUUUGCUUCAGUUACAAUUACAAUUCUAUUUUUUAUAUUUGGGCAGAUAAUGGAUAACGCAAUUGUAAUUGUUGUCUUUAUCCCUCGUUUAAAUUUGAAUAAAAAAUUGUGCCUAAAUUUAAAUUAUUUUUUGGAAAAAUGCUCAUAUAAGAUUUUUGAUAAAGCUAAUGAUUCCAAGUACUAAUUUAAUCAAUAGUAUUCUGCUUCCAUUAAUCAAUUUGAAAUAUAGAUCUUUAUAGGUAAAUUUUUGAUUUUAAUUAAUAUUUAAUUGAGUAUCAAUUCUUUUAAUUAUUUUUACUAUAAAAAUAAAAAUUAUAUUCAAAAAUACAAAAAAACAGGAAUUUUACCAUUAUUUUAUUUUUUAUUAAAGGGAAGAGAAGUUAAUAUAUUCCUUCAGCCUAUAAUAAUCAUCUUUACUACUUUACUAAUCAGAAAGAACUAUUGGCAGAUGCAAAAUACUAAACACAUAAAGAGUCAAUUUGAUUUUGAAAGAAAAUUCAGACAUUUUUUUACUGAUCAAAAUCAAGAAAAUAAGGUAAAAGUUUUAAAUUUGUUUAAAAAAUACUGAAAUUCAAGCCUAGUUCAAAAAGAUAGGUUAUUUGUGGUAUGAGAAUUUUACUAUUGUCUAUAUCUAAAAGAUGAGAGAUUAGCAAGGAUUAAGUUAUCGAAGAUCUCAAAAGUAAAAUCGUCAUUUGAAGUUGACAUAAAAGUCUGAAAGAUUUUUAAUUGGUUAGCAAAUAGAAAAAAUAAGCUAUUACCUGAUAUAGAUUAUUUAUAUUAUUUAAAAGAUUUUAGUCAAGCCAAAAAAAUGGAUGAGAAAUUGUGUAUUAUGUUGGUAAAAUUAUGCACUGAAUUUUCAUCAAAAUCGCCGAAAAUCGAAAAGCUUAUUAAAUUAACAAAUAAAGCAUCUAGUGAAAUUAAUGAGAUCACAGAAAAUUAUAAAUUAUUAACAGAAAAACAUAAAAAUCUUGAGAGCUACGAACUGUAUGAAAGUUUCUUAGAAAACAUCACAAAUAACCACGGCGAAGCAAAAAUAAUAAAUAGAAAGAAAUCGGGAAUAAACUGUUUUUACGGUCAAAAUAAUGAAGACAGUUAUUUAGAAAACUAUGGAAAAGGAUUAGGAGUUAUCUUAAUUUCCUGCUCGAAAGCUACAUUUGGGUCUAUUAUUUAUCUCAAUGAAAAAGCUGCGUCUAUACUUAAAUCUUCAGUAUCAAAUAUUUGUGGGACUUCCUAUAUGACUAUAAUACCUCCUCCUUAUGAUCUUAUGCACGCAAAAAUGAUGAAAAAAUUUAUUUCUGAGUGUGUAUCAACCCACAUCCCAGCCCAUCAAAAUUUAAUUUUCCAAUGCUCUGAUGGAUUUUUACUAGAAUGUGACUCCUUAAUUAAGCUAUCCGCAUUUCAUAAUUCCCCUUACUUUUUACUAUCAUUUCAGCCAAAGAAUACAUCAAGACAUAUAGCUUUAAUUUCUUCCGAAGGACUAAUAGCAUCCCAUUCAAUUUAUUUUGCCCGAUAUUUCUCCACGGAACAAUCUUUAAGAAACCGUCUUAUUUACGAAAUAGUCCCAGAUUUUCAAAAAUUGAAAAAUGGCAUACCGUGGAUUGUUAAUCAUAAUGGUAAAAAAUUAGGACUGGUAAGUAUUACAAAAAAAAUAAAAUAUAGAGAAUUAAAUUUAUUAUUGGCUAUUCAUAGCAGUAAAGAGUUAUCUAACUCCCCCUCUGUGAGCAAUAAAAAGAAUAUUGCUCUCUCACGGGUUAAUUUUUUUUUAUAAAAAAUUAUGUUUAAGUUUUAUAGAAUUUUUUUUUAAAAGAUCUACUUUGUAAAAAUUGGAAAUCAAAAAUUAAUUUAAUUUGCAAAAUGUAGGUUUUAAAAAAGGAAUUUGUUUAAAUUUAAACAAAAUUAGCUCGAGAUUUCAUUAUACUAAUUAUCACUCUAUAUAAAAAUUUUUUAGUUCGCUCACGGAGGGUGAGUUUAUGGGCAAAAACUAGAGAUUUUUCUAAUGGUUUUGUUCGUCACUGAGUGGGGGAGUAAAUGAAAAUCAAAAGGAAUAAAAAUUAGAGAUCAAACAGAAAUUACUUAUGAUAAGCAAGCUAUUGAUCAAAAUGAUGCAUCGGUAUCUCAAGACUUGACACAUGAUAGUGGUGAAAUUAAUUUUUUGAAAAUUCCUGAUUUUGCAAAGGCAAGGAGAUCGGCAAAAUUGAAAAAUAUACUACCCAAAACAAUGGAUAAUACUAGCGCUCAUGGCUUUGAAGGCAGGAGAGCAGAUGAAAAAUUGAUAAGUGAGGAACACUCAAAGCCUUCUUCUACGUUUUCGUCAUUUUCUCAUUCACGUCUUUCACAGAAGCUGCUUUUAGAGUCCAAGCAAAAAAUAAGAAUUCUUCAAUGGGUACUUUUUGCGAUUGUAAAAAUUAUUUAG